AUGCAGUCGGAGGAGCCCGGAGAUACCAUCGAAAUGCUGAGAGCAAGAAAGGGGGAAACUCUAGAGGACAAGCUGGUUUUAGAUGAUUCAAAUUCUCAGCAAGAGCAAAAAGACACACUUAAUUCAACUACUCAAAAUGAAAACGUCAAUGCAAAUUCAAAUAGUGAAGGAGAAGGGCAACUUGAUACACCGCCAGAGGAAGCGCCUCUCAUCCAUGAUGAGAUGAAUCGAGUUGAUUAUCCACCUACUGAUCCAGGAGAUACUGCUCCUGAAGCAGCAGAUGCCCAAAGUCAAGAGACUGAAGCCGUUCCUUCAGAUGCCACUCAUAGUGUUCCUGCGCUGGCUUCAAGUACCUCUGAGAAUAUUUGCCGAAAUGCCAGCAAAGAACUAGACCCAAAGGCCCAGGAAGCCUUUGAUCGUGCUGUCCGUGUAUUCUGCCCACUUGUAGAUCCUAAGCACAUGCUGGAUGUAGUAGCUCCUGGCAUUGGCAGCUUGCAUCUGGACCAUGCUCCUCUCAAGGCAGAUAGUUCUUUUACCCAGCUUCUCACCAAGAUGACUGAUGUAGAGGAAUUAGAUUUUGGAAAGAAUGAGAUGGGACCUCAAGCAUUCCGAGUGAUCAUGAUGGCACUGUCAGCCAACACUUCCAUCAAAUCAGCUGUACUCUCCAACAACAAAACAGACACAGAUACAGCAGAGAGUAUAGGAGUGAUGAUUACGACCAACCAGACAUUGAAGAGCUUGGAUCUCUCAAGUAAUCAAUUAGGGAAGGAUUAUCUAUCAAGAUGCAUUGGACCUGCUCUCAAGACAAACACUUCUCUGACAACCCUCAACAUGUCAAGUUGUGGAGCUACAGACCUUUCUGCUCUCAUGGAGGGCCUUCAAGAAAACAACCUUAGUAGUCUUGAUGUCAGCCACAAUCAGUUGUCAAAUAGCAAUUCAUUUGUCACUUCCCUUAGUAUAAUAUUAAAGAAUUCCUCAUGUGCAAUAAAGGAGCUGAAUGUUCGUAACUGUGGGAUCCAGGGUACAGGGCUCCAGGUCCUGGGAGAGGGAGUCAAGGAGAAUUCCUCCCUCGUUAUAUUUCAUGCAGGAGGCAAUGAUGUUUCUGAUGCAAAUGUUUUUUCGGAGGUAUUGCUGACCUGUCUCCAGCAUCCUUCCUUAGAAACUCUGAAUGUGAAUGAUACCAGAAUCAGUGAAACUGGCAAUCAAGACAUCGAUUCAGCAUCCAUAAGUGAAAAAAGGAAAAGCAGCCUGAAAAUGUUGAAUUUGGCGAACUGCUCCAUAACUGAUGACAUCAUGAAAGUACUGGCCAAUCAGCUUCCUGCAUGCUUACCACAUGUCACAGAAUUGAGUUUAUCAGGAAACUCUGAGAUGAUGACAGUCUCGCUUCAGUAUGUUGCUCAGCUGACUGCAUUGACAGAGGGUUCAGAAUCCUCCAUAUCAUCAGGUUUGACUCAUCUUCACCUUGAUCAGCAGUCUUUGGAAGAUCUUCCUGAUCAUCUUCUCAACAAUCCAUCCUUCCCUAGCCUUACCAUGCUGAGUAUAUGUAAGGCCAAGAUAUCACCAGCUAGUCUGGGUAGACUAUCUCAUCUACUACAGGGACCAGGUGGUCUCACAGAGCUCUGUUUGAGCGGACUCAAACUGUCAGAGACAGAAGCAUUGGAACAGCUCUUUGAGCCAGCUGUCAAUCUGAGCUUGAAGAGUCUUUCCUUAGCUGGUUGUGCCCUCAAAGACUCUGACCUUCAACCGCUGACCUCUGCACUUUCUGCUGGAUGGUGUGUGACCUCAUUGACCUUAGCCAGCAACAGAUUGACGGGGUCAGGGGUCAAUCCCCUGCUGGAGGCCUUGACCAGUUCCGAAGAACCAUGCAUUGAAUCUCUGAAUCUCAACUCAAAUCAGCUAUCAGAUGACUGUCAAGAUGUGCUGACUAGUCUCCUUACCAAGGCCAAGAAGCUGCAUACAUUAUCUUUCAAUAGAAAUAGCCUGGGUUGUCAGACUUUAUCAGCAAUAAUGAAUGCAUUACACCUGGCAGAGAGUCUAAAGCUGCUUGAUCUGAGAAAUCCUUUAGAUGAAGAAGAUAUGGAAGAACUCAUGAAGAAUUUAUCAGAGGAACUAGGAUACACCAUACAUGAAGACGAAUAUGGUGGUAUCGAGGCUGGACGUGGCCAUCUUCCAUCCAGAUCAUCUGACUUGUCCAUCUUGUUGACUGGUCUUGGAGCUGACCUUGGACCUGUUGGUAGGUCACUGGACAGUGCAAUGGUCAAGACUGACCAUGGAUUAAAGCAUCCUCUUCCGCUUAGUCUUCAACAUGCCUUACAUCUUGGGGCUUGGAUGACUGCACAAGAUCCCAUGACAGGCACAGACUGCUAUCCAAGAGAGCAAAGUCCUUAAAUCAAGGGUUUAUCUGGAAGUCCUCAGAAGUCACCUAACAUGAAGCAAGCAAUAUGGACAAGGUUAGGAAGAAGUCAUUGUCAUGCUGGAGGGAUUCCAUGACAUUUGCUCCAGCAACAAUUGCUCUUGUUUUAAAUUCUACACACUAAACAAAUGAUCACCUUCAACCCUGGGUUUAACGCUAUACCCUACCCUAAACCUAACAUAGGACCCUAUUGCAAACCUAACCCUAACCCUACAUCUUACAUAAAACGAAGUCCGGAGCAACUGUUGCAGGAGCAAAUGUCUUGUCACCACUGGAAGAUGGACUCGACAAACUCGGUCAAAGGUCAAGAAAAUUAUCAGAAAUAUGCUGUGAGAUCCAGUGCUUUACCUCAUGGCUGAGAGGAGGCUUACACAGCUGAUGGAUGACAGUGCUAUGUAAAUCAUGUCACUCGGUGUACAACAUGGAUGCACCCCCUAUCUGGGAAAGUCUACCAGAGCUAAAGAUGUGACACCAAUCUUGACAUCUUCUUCUGCACUGAAUGUCUGGUGCGAUCAUUUGUUGGUACAUACAUGGACAUGAUGUGUAAUCCACCUGUAAAGAAAGACCAAAUGUUAUAUCCUUUGAAACAUACAACAAAGGAACCUGUUUUGUAAAUACCUCUUUUUCUUAUCUCUGAGAGAGACGACUACCAGGGACUGGUACUUUGACACCAGACAUUAUACACGCUCUGUUUUUGGUGCUCCACUUAUGUACUUAAUAUGGAAAUUUCCACCAUGUAAAUCAAAUUGAACGAACCAAAUGCUGAUUUAAAAGACUAUCUGCAUUCGCUACUUAUGAACCAGGAUGGGAAAUGGUUUUUGUCUCACCUGCAUAGCAGAGUGAGACUAUAGGCACCCGCCGCUUUUCCGACGGCGGCGGCGUCGGCGUCAACACCAAAUCUUAACCUAAGGUUAAGUUUUUGAAAUGUCAUCAUAACUUAGAAAAUAUAUGGACCUAGUUCAUGAAACUUGGACAUAAGGUUUAUCAAGUAUUACUGAACAUCCUGCUUGAGUUUCAUGUCACAUGACUAAGGUCAAAGGUCAUUUAGGGUCAAUGAACUUUGGCCAUUUUAGAGGUAAUUAUUAGAUUGCUGUCAUAACUUUCAAAGUUUAUAGAUAUAGUGUAUAAAGUGUGGAUAUAGGGGUAAUCAAGUUUCACUGACAAGUUUUAGAUCACAUGAUCAAGGUCAAAUGUCAAUGAACUUAGUAUUGUAUCAUAUGAAUGGUGUUUUUUGUGAAUAAUUAUUUGAUAGUAGUUUUCAAAGUCAGCACUGCUGCUAUAUUGAAUUGCGUGAUGCAGGUGAGACCGCCAGAGGCAUUCCACUUGUUAUUUUUUAGGGGCUAUUUUUGUCCACAAUGGGGGUGAUUGCUGACUUUUUGGGGCUAUUUCUUUCAUAUUAAGAGCUACAUUUUUUGCAACAAGCACUUACGCUGCAAAAGCAUUUCUCAUCAUUCUGCUGUAUGUAGAAAAUUUAUUUUUAGACAAUAUUAGCGCCCCAAAGUGUUCAAUUUUGUGAAUUUUCCAACACUGUCAUGAACCCAUUUUAGGUAUUUUAUGAUGACUUUUGUGUAUCUCAAAGAAGCAGGUCCAAGCUAUUAUCUCUGAACAGUGAUUUUCAGUUUAAAUUUUAAAAAAAGACCUUUUCUCUUUCUUAAAACCUUUUAUUCUGUUUCAAACUUGAUUGAGAAUGAAAUUCUGUUUUUGAGAAAACGUACACAUAAAAAGCACGAAUUCCAUUUUGCAGUGAGUUUUCUCCCUAAAAGUAUAGAACCAAAACAGAUUUUUCGUUUUGAUUUACUGGUAAACAGAAAAUCACUGUCCCUAAUUAUUUGCUGACUUUCCAAAUUAUCUGAAUUAUCUGUUGUUUGAUUAAUGGAUGCAUAGAAUGUAGAACAUGAUUACUAGGAGAAAAUAUGUGCACAAGGUUACAAAUGAUUUCCAAGUAUCAUGAGGUUUAUAAUAAAUAUGGUGUGGUAAUUAGGGCUUGUAGGUUUUUGUGGAGUUAACUCGGUUUACAUGAAGUUAGUAAUUGUGUUUAUUUUGUGUUUACUAUUCCGCAAAAGUGGACCCAAAGGUUUUCCAGAGUUUUCCUCGAAUGAAUUUUAUCUCUGGUUUUUUACCCUGGAUCUACUUGUCGUAGAAUAAUUGUUUAAAGGGGAACGUAAAGGCUUGUUUACUUUAUGCACACAAUAAUAAUACUGUACUGGAUUAAUGAAAUCAAAAAUUGGAAAGCGCGAAUUUAACCCAUCCCAGGGUCAUCAUUUAUUUGAGUUGCCGAAGUUCUCUUCAAUCUUUCGCCCUAGACUCUUAACUUGCUUCUGGAUGGCUCUGCGCCAAUUAUGUGAUACCCCUUAACCCUAUUAGGACUGGGAGGGGGCCAUGAUGGCCCCCCUCGACGCGUUGCACAAUAUUUCCGAAACGCAAAAGGUAGCUCCGCAAAAUUUUAUGACUUUUUUCUUUCAAGUCUCGCAAAACUUUUGAGACCAAAUUUGCGACCUACGGGUAUAGCAUCGGGACGCUACGUGACUUUUUACGAGACAAUGUCAUGCCGAAAAUGGAUCAUUUUUAUACUUUCUGUACAAAGUCUGUGGGAGAUGAAAUUCAUAAAAGUGUGAUUAUUUUUCAUUCUAAUUGGUCUGCCUAAUUAAUAUAGAGUUUAACUUAGUUGUUAAGUGGUCUGUAAUAAUUUCCAUUG